UAAUUGAUGACUCGGUCAUCCAAUGUGCUCCCUGGCUUGGCUGCCGCUGAGGCAUCGGCAUCAGCGAAAGUAGGAUUAUAAAAACCGGUGAGAGGAGAGCCCAGAGGAAGCACAGAUUGGAGAAACACAAAGAUGAAAGCGGCUGUCUUGUGUUUUCUUCCAAUGGCCUUGGCCUUGGCCUUGGCCACUUUUACCGAGAAGGACAACUGCGUCCGAAGGUGCGGCAGCAUGAACGUGCCUUUCCCAUUCGGGCUCGACGAAAGUUGCGCGCGGAACUCCAAACUUGUCCUCGACUGCACAACGGGGAACUUGCACAACGGCAACAUCGCGUUGUCCGACAUAUCCCUGGAGAAUGGGACAGUGACCAUUAGCCUCCACAGAGCUUUAGACUGCUAUAACGAGAGUGAGGUUCGGCUUGACGACUCUGACCCUCGUCGAGGGAUCAGCCUGGGCGACGACGGGCACUAUACAUUUUCAGACGACCGGAACAAGCUCACUGUCUUCGGUUGCAACACCUUGGCUCUUAUCUCAGACACCCACGCGACUUUCGAGAGUGGAUGCUUCUCCUAUUGCCCCGAGGACGUCAAUUUCACGAACGAGAGCGCUUGUUCUGGGGUCGGGUGCUGUCAGACGUCGAUCCCCAAGAGCCUCAGGAGCCUCAAAAUAUCCAUGUCCCGAGUGACGAAAUACGCCUCUAUUCAGGACUUCCGCUCUUGCGGAUCAGCAUUCAUAGUGGACCAGGAGUCGUUUAAUGUCUCCAAUUACAAGCUUCCUGUCCCGGCCGAUAUGCACAAAGACUUUUUAUCAAGGGUUGUCGUGGAUUGGGUAGUUGAACGGAAUUUGACCUGCGAGGAAGCGCAAUCCAACCGAUCGAGCUAUGCCUGCGGCGCCAAUAGUCACUGCUCUUACUUCCCGCGCGGGCAGGGUUAUCGUUGCUUCUGUGAGGCUGGGUACGAAGGGAAUCCCUAUGCCUUCCCAGUGUACCCACAGUUCCGAGGAUGUCAAGACAUCGAUGAGUGCAAGGAUCCACGACAGCAUCCAUGUCACGGGAAUUGCAAAAAUACGCCUGGGAACUACACGUGUGACUGCCCAUUUGGCAUGACUGGUGACGGCAAAAUUGGUUGCCAAACUUCUCGUCUUGUUAUAAUUACUUCAGUCAUUGUAGCGGUAACAUCAUGCAUACUUGUUAGUGGCCUAGUCUUGUUUAUAUGCAAGAGGAAAGCCAAAGAGAGAUACUUUAGGCAAAAUGGAGGAGAGAUCUUGAAGCACCAGAGAGUGAAAAUCUUCACCGAGGCAGAGUUGGCUAAAGCCACCAACAACUACGAUGCCAGCAACAAGCUCGGUGAGGGUGGUUUUGCUUCAGUUUACAGAGGAAAAAUCGACGGCGAUGUUUUAGUCGCGGUCAAGAAGCCUAGAGAUGUCCCUGUCAAGAAGCCGAAAGACAUGAACAAGGAUGGCUUUCUGAGCACUCACGAUGAAUUCCUGCACGAAAUCGGCAUUAUUUCACAAGUGAAUCACAAGAACUUGGUCAAGCUUCUGGGCAUAUGUUUGGAGACAAAAGUGCCAUUGUUGGUCUAUGAAUUUAUUCCCAAUGGGACUCUCUAUCACCAUAUUCAUGACAAGAGAUCAACGUUUUUGCGAUCGUGGAAGAAUCGUCUCAGGAUUGCCUCGGAAGCCGCCUUGGCCCUCGAGUACUUGCAUUCCUUGGCAGAUCCGCCAGUCAUUCACAGCGAUGUCAAGUCUUUGAAUAUACUUUUGGAUAAGAAGUACUCCGUAAAAGUAUCCGAUUUUGGAGCCUCAGUUUUGAUUUCACCUGGAAAGACUCAUAUAGCUGAAAGAAUACAAGGCACAAUAGGUUAUCUUGACCCCGAGUAUCUCAGCACUGGUGAAUUAACCACAAAGAGCGAUGUUUAUAGCUUCGGGGUCGUCCUUGUGGAGCUCCUCACCGGAGAGACGCCAACUCAGCGAGCAAAAUCUGGGGAAAAAAUCAACAUCAUCCGAUCUUUUAUCUCUGCUGUGGAGAACCGGACACUCCUCCAUAUGAUAAAUUUUGAGGCAUCCAAUGAAGGUGAAGUGCGGGAGAUUGAGGUGAUUGGUUUGCUCAUUAGAAGGUGCUUGAACUAUAAUGGUGUGAAUAGGCCAACAAUGAGGGAAGUUGCCGAGCAACUGGCUAGGAUCAACAAGAACUUGUGGGGCGAUCAACGGAAUGACGAAGAGACUCAAAGUUUACUCGACGAGACGAGAUGUGAUUCUCUCUGGACUUCAAUUAGUGAAAUGAACAAACCGGAGUCAACCGAUCUUUUAGUAUUUGACAUCGAAGCAGCCACUACUAGUUCCAGCAUUUGAUUCAUGGUUUCUAGUGCGGGGCUAUGUACAAGAAACAAGUCCAAUGUUCGUAUGUUUGUCCUUGAUCUUUUGAUUAAGGUUCUGUUUUUUCCUACAGCUGAUUAAUUUUCGA